AGUACUUGACAAUAAAUAGAACGUAUAAUGUAACAUAUCACACAUAUGUUUUAUGUUUUUAUAUAAAAGUAUCUUUUAAAGGUGAAAGUCAAUUAAAAAUUGUAAUAAUGUAUUAUUACAAUUUAAGUGUAAUUUGUAUUUUGUGAUUUACAAAAGACCACAGGCUAAAUACUGCAAGGAUUUAAAAAGUAUCAAUAGCAAAAACUAAUCAUUGAAACAAUGAGUACUUUUAACGGAUUGAUAGACGAAAUUCCUUUUAUCUCUGUUGAUAGAUUUGAAAAGCACAACUUACAUUCUUCUUUAUUUUUUUUAUCACAUUGCCAUUAUGAUCAUAUGAUUGGUUUGAAUAGAGAUUUAAUAUUACCCGGGAAGCUAUAUUGCAGUGAAAUAUCCUCAAUUUUCUUGAAGAAACAAUUUCCCAACUUAGAACAAUCUAUUGAAAUUUUAGAUUUGGAAGUUCCAACAGUUUUAUUUAAUCCAAAAGAAAGUGAUACGAAAAUAGUAGUGACAACCAUUCCUGCAUUACAUUGUCCUGGUUCUGUUAUGUUUAUUUUUGAAACUCAAAAUAAAAGAAUUCUUUAUACCGGUGAUUUUCGUUAUUCAGAAACUGCAAUCAAUAAAUAUCCUAUUUUACUGAAUAAAACAUUUGAUGUAAUUCAUUUAGAUUCAACAUUUUUAUCAGACAACUACUGUGAUUUUCCACCACAAUCAGAAAGUUUGAGAAUUAUAUGCGAACUAACUAAAACUUGGAUAGAAAGAGGGUCCGAAUACAAAGUUAUCAUAGAAACGCCAGCGCAAUAUGGCCUUGAAUGUGUAGUACGAGAAUUAUACAAAAAACUAAAAGUUCUAUGUUCUGUUGAAGAAAGACAUCUGGAAAAGUAUCUAUAUUUUCCUGAAAUGGAUCGCUGUUUAUCAAAUGAUAUAAAUUUAAGUUCAGUUAUAAUAAAACAGAAAAACUUUUCAAAUAGAAACAAAUCUGCUAAUUUAGAAAAAUUAAAAAAGUGCAAUUAUAGGAUACUUAAACCAACAGCAAUAUAUUGGCGAAAUUGGAGCAAUAAUAAGCCUAUUUACGUGCACGAAGGCAAUGAAGUAUAUCGUAUAGCAUUCUCAAAUCACUGCAGUUUAAAAGAAUUAAAAAACUUUUUGCAUAUGACUAAACCUAAGGAAUUAAAGUUAAACGUUCUUCCUAGCGAUUCUUUAUCAAGGCAGAGAAUGGAAAACACUUUAGAUUUGAUUUUAAAAAAUAUUCAGGAAAAGGAAGAAAAUGAAAAAGAAGAUUAUAUAUAUUGUUUGAAUAAUAUACAAAAAAUAAAAAACACGCCAAUAAAGAAAAAUGAUAUUCAUAUACAAAAUUUACCUCCGAAAAGAAUUAAAUUUUAAUGACAUU